GCGCGCGCGAUCGAACGAUCGUCGACGCGCGAGGACGCCGAGGAGGACGACGCGAACGCGAUGCGUCGCGUGACGGCGAUCGCGCGGGCGCGCGGCGCGCGACGCGCGGUGGAACGCGCGCGAUGCGCGCGCGGAGGGGUGGUAACGGUUGGCGCGACGCCGCGCGUCGCGGGGGCGCGGAGCGACGCGAUGGCGCGCGCGGUAGGGACGCGAACGCGGGCGUCGAGCUCGACGACGGAGGCGCGAGAGAAUUUGGGGUUCGCCGCGCACGGAUUGCUGGCGGAGACGGCGGUGUUCGCGCCGAUGGAUGUGCCGUCGACGGGGGGGACGCGCGCGGGGGCGAACGACGGCGCGGGGGGGGAGCGAACGUCGUACGCGGUCGAUGAUUUACCGACGCCGAAGGAGAUGGUUCGAGUGUUGGAUGAGUACAUCGUCGGACAAGCGCACGCGAAGAAGGUGCUGUCGGUGGCGGUGUAUAAUCACUAUAAGCGCGUAGGGGCGGAGGGCGAACGACGAGCGCGAGAGGCGAGCGCGGCGUUCGCGCAACGACUCGACGAAGAAGACGGUGCUUUUGAGGAUGAAAAUGUAGUGGAUGAAAAUUCGCUCGAUGAUGUGACGUUGGAGAAGUCAAAUAUUUUACUGUGUGGACCGACGGGAAGCGGAAAGACGCUCUUGGCGAAGACGCUAGCGAAAUUCGCCAACGUGCCUUUCGCCAUCGCGGAUUCGACUACUUUGACUCAGGCCGGUUACGUCGGCGAAGACGUGGAGUCCAUCUUGCACAAGCUCUUGCAGAACGCGAACUACGACGUUCAGGCAGCGCAGCGCGGCAUCGUGUACAUUGAUGAAAUCGACAAGUUGUCUCGCAAGAGCGACAACGUGAGCAUCACGCGAGACGUCUCAGGCGAGGGCGUUCAGCAAGCCCUUUUGAAGAUGGUUGAGGGCACGACGGUGAACGUACCGGAAAAGGGCGGUCGAAAGAACCCGAACUCGCAGUUUGUCCAGCUCGAUACGACAAACAUUCUUUUCAUCUGCGGCGGCGCGUUCACGGGUUUGGAGAGCGUCAUCCAACAGCGUCUGUCCAAAAGCUCCAUCGGUUUCGGUAAACCUGUGAUCGCGCGAGAUGAGCCAAACAGUAAGCAGGCGGUAGAAGCGGCGGCGAAAGCCUUGCAAGAGGUGGAGACUGGAGACAUAGUCUCUUACGGUUUGAUCCCAGAAUUUGUCGGACGCUUUCCGGUGUGCGUACCGCUGUCCGCCCUGGGCGAAAAAGAGCUCGUGGAUAUCUUGACGAAACCUCGCGACGCAGUGGGCAAGCAGUAUCAACGCCUUCUCGAAAUGCACGGUGCCGACCUGACGUACACCGACGAAGCGCUUUCACUCAUCGCACGUGCCGCCGUCAAGCGAGGCACGGGCGCCCGCGGGUUGCGAACGCUUCUCGAGCGUUUGCUCACCGACGCCAUGUUUGAAGUUCCCGACGAUCCGACGGUUUCUGAAGUUCUUAUCGAUGGAGAGAGCGCGGAAGCAGGUCUGGCGCGACGCGGCGUGGCGGGUGCGAAACUCAUCAGAUCGAAAGCGCGAAAAUUUAAGGCGAAGAAGGGCUCGGCGAAGGACGAAGAAGGUUCCGCGGCUGAGGCAUAA